UUAUCAUAUUCCCUGUCUUGUGGACGCCUGAAAUCAUGCCAUCAUCCUGGGUGUUAAAGGAAACUUCAGCCAAACCUGAAGAUUUGGCAAAUAUUGCCAGAUUAGCUGAACAAGCGGAACGUUAUGAUGAUAUGGCAGCUGCCAUGAAGCUCUAUACCGAAAAGCAAGAGCAGCUGGGAAAUGAGGAGAGGAAUUUACUCUCUGUGGCAUACAAAAAUGUUGUGGGAGCUAGACGAUCAGCGUGGAGAGUUAUCUCAGGAAGUGAGGCCAAAGCAGCCAACCAUCCUAAGAGAAAGCAAAUUGCUGAGGAAUGUCGCAUUAAAAUGGAAGAAGAACUGAAUGAAAUAUGCAAUGAAGUUCUAACAUUAAUAGAGAAAUAUUUGAUGCCAAAUGCAACUAACAGUGAGAGCAAAGUAUUUUAUAAAAAGAUGGAAGGUGAUUACUACCGAUAUCUUGCUGAAGUUGCAACUGGUGAAGCUAAGGACAAAGUUGUCGAGAAAUCCCUAGCUGCAUAUGAGAUGGCGACUGGAAUUGCCCAGGAUAAGCUUGCUACUACUCAUCCUAUUCGCCUUGGCUUGGCUCUUAACUUCUCAGUGUUUUAUUAUGAAAUCAAAAAUGAUCCCACUCAAGCCUGCAACCUUGCACGAGAAGCUUUCGACGCAGCUAUUGCCGAACUUGACCAACUACAAGAUGAUUCCUACAAAGACAGCACACUUAUAAUGCAGCUUCUGAGGGACAAUCUGACGUUAUGGGCCACUGACCAACCAGAAGCGGACGACGUUGAUGCCGGUGACAACUGAUCUCUGUCAUGUAACAUUUACCAUAGCCCUUAUAUUAUACAAGAUCUAUAUUGACAUUCC